AUGGCAGGGGACGAGGAACCACGGCCUCGAGGCUUACAGUCCACAAAUGGAAACUUCAACGCUGCAGACCCGACAUCUUCAUCAAUAUUAAACAGCUUKCUUCCAGGUCAUUUGUCUUCAGAAGCAUUUGAUACUAUCUCCCAGCUUCGUAAGGAGUUGACCGAAAAGGGACCUGGGUCAUUUUCUCGGACUGCUGAAGAUGUCAAGAACACGCAAGCUCUUAUACAAGUCGCUCUCAAGGUUGCUGCCGAAGUCACUGCGGUAGACAUUCAGUUUCCUCGUGAUGAGACAGAGAGACGUCUUUUGGACUGUCUCGAUAUUGUCCAACUGCUCGUUGAGAAUUCGCUAAGAGGGCUCGAUGGAGGGGAUGUUGACGCGGAAAUACCCGGUCAAGAUACCCCAUCACCGUUUCAUCUAUGGCUGAUCAUUGAAUUGGUCGAUCUCGGUGUCAAAGUGCGUCUGGAUGGCGUGGAAACCAAAAUCAAGGGCCUCCUGAUUAUGCUCACUCGUUCUCAACAUGACAUGUUUCGAGCUCCUCGAUUUCCAAGGAAUUCUGUGUCAACUAUACUAAGUGCUUUAGCUACGGACAUUAUACGGUCCUUGGAGAUGGUCGAUUUUUCAAAAAUUGCAAUGUCAGACAUCACUCUACCCGGUCCUGGAAGCCCACUCGAGAAACGUUUAACAGCCAAACUUAACUUAUCAGGACGGCCUUUCCAGUCUCCGAUCCGCUUUGGAGACAUCGGUCGUGCCAUGUUUAUGCUUCUCCAAAUCCUAGAAGCACUCCUUUCUCCUGUAGAAUCGAAGCCGGGUAGUUUCUCGGCAGCCGGCAUUGUACAGGAUUUCACAACAUCUCUGAAUCUAGCUGGUCGCAUAGGGAAAUGGCUCGUUUCGCUAAUCAGGCGCUGUGGCACGUACGCCAGGCGCUUCAUUAUCGACCCUAUUAUCGGGUACCUUUACUUCGCCGACUUUUUGCUAACAAGAUCAUUAGAGUAUAACGAUAUCGGAUCUUUGAACGCUCAAGCUAGCAAGAUACUAAUCGAAGUACUGACGGUAGCCGUCUCGGACACCAGUCUCAGCCGUGAACCCCAGGUUGAACAGGCCUUGCAUCAUUGUUUAGAAGGCUUGAAGGAGAGCCAAAAGACCUCACUCGUGACGAGAAUGACAAUACAAAACGUCCUGAUCCCCAGACUUGUUGACAUACAAGCUAUAGACGAGCAUUUUGUCGCUUAUUCGUCUUCGUUCCAAGUAAAUUCGAACUUCAACGCUGAAAGAGUUGCUUCUAACAAGAACAUACAGAACCUGGUCAAAGAGUUGAUCGAUUCCCAGAGGGCUUUUUAUCCACAUGAGCAUGAGCUGGCUCAUCGUGCUCCCAAGCGCAUUCGGUUAUCCGAACCUCAGCCUAUAUCUGGCGAGAAAGCCAUAGCCCAGCAAAUCCUCGAAAAAGCUGCCAAGAUCAUUGACUCUAAUGAUGUGACAAGCUUUGAUGAGCUGGCACAAGCUGCGAGGCAAAAGUACAAAGAUCUCUCGGACCAACAAAAGUGCGAGUUCUUUGGCUCAAUUGCAAUUUAUCCAUGCAUUUCAGCAGCACGUAAAUCCAACGGAUCUAUAUGCACGUCCAAGCAAAUGCCAGGCGCCUUCCACUGUCGUGUUUGUGACUCAGAACGAAUUAUUUCAGAUGGAUAUGUGCCUUGGCAUGGUGACAAAGUCAAUGAGAUUCAAGAGUUCCUCCUUGAGUUUCUGCCUAAAACUUUACGCAGCCCACCCUUACGAAUAUCAUACUUGCUUGCCGCGAGACGGUUCCUAUAUCAUGAACCUGGAAUUAAGAACCUAUCAGUUAAAUCCUCACCAAUUGGUGAAUUGUGCCUCCACUCUUUGAAAGCUGCCUCGAGAGAAUUGCGGAUUACUACUGGACACAUCUUGCCUUGCUUUCUACAGAAAGCUGUGGAUGUUCAAGUGCGGCGGCAGAACUUCGUCAUCAUCCUCGAGUGCCUAAAAAGCGUCUCAGAGAGAGCGGAUAUCCCUUCUCAGGAGACUUGCAUCUUGACCUUGUGCCGACUAGCCGAGAUAUCUGAAGAUGAAGAGCUGAAUAUUAUACUUCUUCGUCUUUUGGAGUAUCUGGGACAUGCAAACCCAUACAUUUGUGCUGUAGCUUAUACAGAGCUCCUGAAACUCUCACAAGAAUCAUCAACAACUGUCGCAGGUCUCCUUCGUCCUUUUUGGAGAUCGCUGUCGGUGACCGUGGUAAAGAAUCUGAGGAACCGGCCUCACAUGGCAGAGCAGCUGUGUGAUCUAUUGGGCAUGUCCGUUGACAGCUUCCUACAAUUGACUGAGGUCCACACGUUACCAUAUCUUGUCUACACCCGUAGACGAGAUAUCAUCACGAGGAUUGCUGCAGCUUAUCCCUCGAAGUCAGCCUUCGAACUUUGCAUGGAGCGUAACAAUUUUGCAUCAAUCAUCGCAUACUUGUUGAGUCAACCGGAGGAAAAUCCCGAGGCUAUGAUUUACUCGCUUCUGGUUGAAAUUGACCCCAACUUCAAGGAAACUUCAGUCACAAUGUUACUCAAGACAGAACCAAUUCCUAUUACUCGGGAGCUGUUGAAGAACAUGGGUGAUGCUGGUGAUGGCCAUGAUGGAAAGUUUGACGGUGCACUCCGCCUGCUUGCCAAGCUCAUAUCCUCCAAGCACUCUUCGGGGAGUUCAAAUCCGAAAUCCCGCCCAGACGUUGGCCUCUUCAUAGAGGAGCACCUGUUGGGUCUGAUUACAGAAUUUUCCGAUACCGUGAAUGACGUCCGCAUACGCUACUCAAAUAUGGAGAAAAAGCGCAAUAUCAUAGCCAUUGGUGAAAUGAUCAAGCUUGCUAGAGGUCAUGUCAAUGUUGCUAUUCCCCAGAUUUGCUCUUGCCUUAGAUCAUCACUCGAGGUCGAGGAGUUGUGUGAUCUUGCAUUUGCUGUAUGGUGUAUAUUGAUCACUCAUCUCGAGCCUGACGAGGUUGAAGCACUUAUCGAUCAGUCGAUCGCAAUCAUUCUUCGAUACUGGCCUGUCAUUCAGGAAGGAAGUAAGCAAAUGGCUCUGGUUCUAAUGGAUCAUUUAUUUCAACAUCAUGGGUAUCAGCUACGUGAAAUUUUUCAGACUCUACCAUCAUUGCUAUAUAUCCCCGAAAUGUCUCGUUUCGAAACUCAGAUCAAAAAUUUCAAAGGCUCUAUGGACAUAAGUGAGCGCUUAGUAGCAUUCAGCGUCCGCUGCCAAAGUGAAAGUCUCACUGUCGUCGAGCAAGCCUUGCAAGAGCUAGUCCCCUUUCUCGAUGAGAAAAAUGAGAUUCUGCACAGGACUUUACUGAAUCAUCAAUCAAACAGCGGCGUUGCACAACUAACCCGCUCUCUUCUCGAUUGUUGUGUAAAGUUUCAGUCCGAAUCGGACACAAUUGCCAUGUCAACAGCACGUGCUCUUGGAUUAAUAGGAUGUUUGGACCCAAAUAGGGUCGAAAUCACAAAGGAGAAGAAAGAUAUCGUCGUUCUUUCGAACUUUGCUCGCGCGGAGGAAACCUUCGACUUUACAAUGUUCUUCCUUCAGAAUGUCCUCGUCGAUGCUUUCCUGUCAGCCUCAAAUACUCGAGCGCAGAGCUUUUUAGCUUACGGCAUGCAGGCUCUCAUGAGCGCGAGUCAUAUUACUACAGAAAUCACAACGCCAUCUGACGACCUCGAAAAGAAUGAAAAACACAGGCGCUGGCUCAAUUUACCUGAGAUUGUGAGGAAUACGGUGACCCCUUUCCUCACAUCAAGAUACUCUAUAACUUUGGGUGCAGCAAAAACAGAAUGCACGUAUCCUCUGUUUUCACCGGAUAUGAGCUAUGGCAAAUGGCUACGUGCCUUCGUCAUGGACCUACUUCAGAAGUCCUAUAGCUCCAAUGUUAAGAUGAUAUUCUCAGUCUUUGCUCGAAUCAUUCGUGACCAAGACAUCGCGAUUCCGGCCUUCAUCUUGCCGUUUGCUGUGCUGAAUGUUGCAGCAGAUGGGCAUGAAGAGCAUAAGCGUGAGAUUCGCGAGGAGUUGGUCCGUGUUCUGUCUCAUCCUUCACCUGAAGGCAGUACUCGUGUGAGAGAGAAUGUUCUUCUAUGCAGUGAGAGCGUAUUCAGUGUCCUUGAUUAUCUGCUAAGGUGGUUGCAAGCCAAGAAGAAGCAGCAUGCUAUAAUCGCAAGCAAUCUUUCUGGGAAAAGCACACAAGCAGAACUAAUGCUUGAUCUUUCCUCGGCCCAAAUCAAGAGCGUAGAGCAGAUAUUGUCCUCCAUUCCUCCGGAAGUUAUAUCAAAGAGAGCCGUUGAGUGCAAGUCUUUCUCUAGAGCGCUUUUCCACUGGGAGCAAUACAUCCGACAAAGCAAAAGCUACAAUGAGAAGCGAGAUGAGACCGAUCUGGAACCUCUCUACCAACGUCUACAGGAGAUUUAUACCCAGAUCGAUGAGCCUGAUGGCAUUGAAGGUAUUUCUACGUAUUUACAUGUACUUGAUGUUGAUCAGCAGGUCCUCGAGCAUCGAAAAAGUGGCAGGKGGGCUGCUGCUCAGAGUUGGUAUGAGUUGCAAUUGGAUGAGGAUCCAAAUAACACCGACACGCAGUUGAACCUGCUCACUUGCUUGAAGGAGUCUGGUCAACAAGAUGCACUCCUAAGCAGAUUUGAAACAUUCAGCGAGUCCGAAGAGUAUCCCUCCAAAUUAUUCCCAUUUGCUUUGGAAGCUUCCAUCUCAACUGGAAAAUGGUCCAAGCUCGAGAAAUAUCUCAAAGUCUGCCCCAAGGAAAAUGCCACAGACUUUACUGUUGGCAUAGCUUCAGCCCUCAACGCUCUGCGCAAUGGCGACAAAUCUGCAUUCAACGAAAUCGUCCAGAAAUUACGGCUGAAUACUACAAGGUCAAUGACAGCAAAUUCAACUAUGUCUUUACAGACGUCUCACGAUAUGCUGCUCCAAUUACAUGCCUUGUCUGAUGUCGAAGCUAUCGUGAACGCAGACAUUCAGACGGGAAUGACGAAAACUGAGCUCGUCGACACGUUGGACCACCGUCUUGAUCUCCUUGGCGUAUACAUAUCUGAAAAGCAAUAUCUCCUAGGUUUAAGGCGUGCUGCUAUGGAGCUGUCAACUGGGUUUUCAGAACCAGACAUAGCUGCUGUCUGGCUCAAGAGUGCCCGACUCUUCCGAAAGAAUGGUCACAUCGGCCCGGCUUACAACGCUGUAAUGCAUGCUGCACAGUUGAAAGCAAAGUCAGCCACAAUCGAGCAUUCGCGUCUGAUGUGGACUGAUGGACAUCAUCGGAAGGCAAUCCAAACGCUCAAGGGUGCCAUCGCUGCCAAUGCUUUUGUUGCUGAGGAUUCUGCAAUGUCAGUGAGAGCGUCUGUCUCAAUGACUGGGGAGAGACAAACUACACAAAAUAUUCUCGCAGCGAAGGCCCAAUUAUUACUUGCAAAGUGGACGGAUCGAGCUGGGCAGACUCACUCGGAGACAAUUGUCCAAAGUUAUCGGGAGGCGAUCAAGCUAUUCAGCAAAUGGGAAAAGGCUUAUUUCUAUUUGGGCAAGCACUACAAUAAGAUCAUCGAGUCCGAGAGGGCAAAGCCACCCGGCAAACAAUCUCAAAUUUAUCUGAGCGGAGAGGCUUCCAAAUUAGCCAUUGAAAACUUCCUUAGAUCCUUGUUCAGCGGGAACAAAUUUGUCUUCCAAAGUUUACCAAAGAUUUUAACUUUAUGGCUGGAUCAUGCAUCAAAUGUGAACUUAGCCUUUGAUCCAAAGAGAGGAGACAAUGUCGAGUUCCAGAAACAGAUCAACGCUCAACGAGAGAAGUGCUUAGAGGAAAUGCAUUAUCAAUUGAAGAAAUAUCUUAAUCGAAUACCGCCGGAAGUGCUCUUCACAAUUCUCUCCCAACUCGUUGCUAGAAUCUGCCAUGCGAAUGACACAGUACAUGAGAUAUUGACCAGUGUAGUCGUCAAGAUUGUUGUAAACUUUCCGCGUCAGGGUCUAUGGACCGUUUUAGCUCUGGUUAAAUCUUCAUCCAAAGACCGCGCUUCAAGAGGCAUGACAUGUCUCAAGAAGAUAACGGAGGUGAACAAAAAAUUGAACAAGAGCGGUUUCACGCCAUCAGAACUAGGCUCAAUGAUUAAAGGAGGACAGAAAUUUGGCGAAGAACUACUGAGUCUAUGCAAUGCGCGAGUCGAGGAGAAAGGGACAACUAAAAUAAGCCUCUCGCGCAGCCUGGGUUUCAAUCACAAAGUCGCCCCGUGUCGAUUGGUCGUGCCGUUUCAGAGCAUGCUAACCCCGAUUCUCCCACCAUCUCAUGAUCAGACAUUCAUCAAACAGUUCAACGCUUUUUCAGGUGAUGUUGUUAGCGUAGAAAAGGUCCUCGACGACGCACUGGUCCUCAAUUCGCUGCAGAAGCCACGCAAAAUUAGCAUUCUGGGUACCGAUGGAAAGGUUUACAGUCUUCUAUGCAAGCCGAAAGACGACCUGAGAAAGGACCAACGUCUGAUGGAAUUCAACAACAUGAUUAACGGCUUCCUCAAGAAGGACGUCGAUUCAGUCAAACGACGAAUGUAUAUCAAAACAUAUGCCGUGACGCCCCUUAAUGAGGAAUGUGGACUGAUAGAGUGGGUUGAUAAUCUACGCACUCUACGAGACAUUGUCAUGAAACUCCUUCGAGAAAGGGGCAUAAUUCCGAACUUCAAUGAGAUUCGCCAUUAUCUAAACGAUGCUUGCUCUCAUAAUGACAAGCUUCCUGUCUUUACAACAAUGAUUCUGUCAAGACUUCCUCCCGUUCUACAUGAGUGGUUCGUUGAGAUGUUCCCAGAUCCAGGGGCAUGGUUAGAAGCACGGCUACGAUUUACUCGAACUAGUGCUGUCAUGUCAAUGGUCGGGCACGUUCUUGGAUUGGGUGAUCGUCACGGUGAAAACAUACUGUUCGAGGAAAGUACAGGAGGCAUAUUACACGUUGACUUUAAUUGUCUUUUCGAUAAGGGUUUGACAUUUGAGAAACCUGAAGUGGUCCCAUUCCGGCUUACGCAUAACAUGGUCGAUGCUUUCGGGGCAUAUGGCUACAAUGGGCCCUUCCGAAGGACGUGUGAGAUAACGCUUGGGUUGCUACGACAAAAUGAAGACGCGCUUAUGAAUAUCAUGGAAACCUUCUUAUACGACCCCACAACAGACUUCAUUGGGAAAAAGCUUCGUGUUUCGCUCGGACUGCGGCUCAUGUUUGGUGAUCUUGAACGCGCACCUGGAGACGCGGACUGGCACAUUCUAGGUCGUGGGGACAUCGAGGGCGAUUUGUUUGACAUUGAGGCGGGAGACCGUGUGUUCUAUUUUCACGUUGAGGAAGUUUUUUUUGGAUUCGAGAAGCGCAAUAAAAAUGUCCUAUCUUGUAGCUUGCAGAGGAAUGCUUUGUACGAGCUACGCGACAAAGCGCGCGCUUAG